UGUGUGUGUGUGUGUGUGUGUGUGCAGGAAAAAAUAUACUUAAUCUCUCCUUCUCAUGCAGGUAUGGCACUGAGAGGACUGCUGUUCUUUUUGGCUGGUUUGGUACAAAUAUGUGGCUCCCAAAGAGCAAGUCCUCGUGGAAAUAAAUUUGUCAUGGCUUUCAUGCAAGAUCACCAGAAAUAUCAAAGCAGUCCAUCUGACAAUAAAUACCAGUUGCUUAUCUCUGGUCAUUAUUCUUCAACUGCUGUCAAAGUGUCAGUAAGCAGGCAUAAGUUCUGGAGAACAUUUGUGGUCAACAAAGGAACAGUAGCAACAGUUAGACUCCCAGACACAUUUGAGAUGAGGGGAUCAAAUUAUUUCGAUAUGACUGUGUUCAUUGAAGCUAACAGAGAAAUUUCAGUCUUUGCCCAGGGCAAUGGAAGAUCUUUGGUUGGCACUUCUCUUGUACUCCCAGUCCACCAGCUAGAUAGAGUGUAUCAUGUGGUAACUCCGAAUAUCACCACAAAUGGUUUCAAGGAAUUUGCCAUUGUAGCUCAGGAAACUGCCACUGAUGUUGAUAUUUACCUAAAAGGAGAUGUGCUAUUCAAUAGACAGGCUUAUCCCGCAGGGAGUAAACUUUCUGUUAAUCUUGAGGCAUUCCAAGCACUUCAGCUGCAAAGCUCAGAUGAUUUAUCAGGCACCAGAAUUGAAUCGAAAGAACCCGUGGCUGUCUUCAGUGGACACAGCUGUAUUAUGAAAGACAAUGCCUGCAACCAAGUUUUUGAACAGCUGCUGCCCAGUUCAAGCUGGGGCACCUUCUUCAUUGUUCCUGUCCUCCCUUUCCAAAACAGGGAUGGCACACUAUAUGUAACAGCUUCCCAAAACACUUAUCUCAAAUAUCAACAUGGAGAUGAGCUAAGCACCCAGACCCUGGAAUCUGGAGAAGUCAUGCAGUUAAACAAAUAUUCUUCUGAGCCAUUUUCUAUUUCCGCAAGUGCUAGAAUCCAGGUGCUUUACUUCUCUACUGAUGGUAAAAGCCAAGGCAGUGGACCAUUGCUUGUCAGUAUCCCAGCUGUUACAAGCUUUUGCAAAUCAUAUGAUCUUGCUUACAUGAAGCAGUUGGAUAAUUAUGCUAUCAUUGUAGCCAAAACCUCAGAUCCCAGUGGAAUUAGAAUACAGAGGAGACCUUUUGAAAAAAGCCAGUGGAGAUCAGUCCCAGACACAGAAUACUCUUGGAGUGAAUACAAUUUAGGUAGAGGAGCAGGUAUUCUUUCUUCAGAUCAUCAUGUUCCACUUGGGGUCUUCAUCCUUGGAUUUUCACAGCAUGAUGGCUAUGGCUCACAGGCUCAUUGUAUCUUCUCUAUGACUUGUCCAGCUAACAGUCACUAUGAAGUCUGCACCAGCACUUGCUCCAACCACUGUGCCAACAUCACAGAGUCAUGUCCAGAGACUUGCACGGAGGGCUGCCAAUGUGAUGAUGAGUUUUUAUUUGAUGGUGUUGAUUGCAUUCCCAAAGAAAAAUGUGGGUGCUUCAGCAAUGGACACUAUUAUCAGCCCAACGAGAUGGUUCUUUUGAAUGCUUGCAAGAAGCAAUGUACUUGCAUCCCAGGUGAGGGGCUGACCUGUAUUGACCACAGCUGUGCAGUUCAGGAGACCUGUGAAUCCCAAGAAGGAGUCAUGAGUUGCGUUCAGAAAGGAUCUUGUCAUGUAAGUUCCCGGGGGAAGAGUUUUGUUACUGCCUUCAUGCAGAAUCGCACUCCUGGGCAACCUGGUCAAAAGCUGGAGCUGUACAUCGCUGGAUAUCAUCUUGCAACAAAUAUUACAGUGUCAACAAGAAAUACGAUACUACACAAAACCAUCAGUGAAGGAGAAAUCAUUUCCAUUGAAUUACCACUGUCCUUACAAAUGGAGGGGAGCGACAAAUUUAAUAAGACGGUGCUGAUCGAAGCUGACCAAGACAUUUCUGUCAUCUCCUACAACUACUUGCCUAAAACAAGUGAUGGAACAAUCACUUAUCCUAUCCACCAGCUGGGGCAGUUAUAUUACGUGGUCACUCCCACAGAAAAUAGCAACAAAGAAUUCGCUAUCAUAGCCCAUGAGGAUCUCACAACAGUGACCAUCCACCUGAAAGGCACUGUGAUAUACAAAAGCAAAGUUUACCCUGCUGGGUCCAUCUUUGUGACUGGCCUCAAGGCCUUUGAAGCAAUUCAGCUCCAAAGCACAGAAGAUUUAUCAGGCACCAGGAUUGAAUCGACCAAACCUGUGGCUGUCUUGAGUGGACAUACCUGUGUUACCAAGUUCACAGCCUGUGAUCAUGUUGUUGAGCAGCUCCUGCCAGUUCAGAGCUGGGGAACCACCUUCAUUGUCCCUGCUCUUCCUUUCCAGACACAAUAUGAUAUUGCGUAUGUUGUUUCUGCAGAGAACACAUUGAUGAGAUACCAGUCUAGCUCCAAGAAAGAAUCCCGUACUCUGGUGGCUGGAGAAGUUGUUCAGCUUGAGGUCCUGAACUCUCAACCACUUUUUAUAUCUGCUGAUGCUGGAAUCCAAGUCCUUUUUUUCUUUACUGGUGCCAAAAGAGAAAACGAUUACUAUGACCCUUUCCUCAUGAACAUCCCUGCAACAACGUGUUAUUGCAAUUCAUACCACAUUUAUGGAAUGAAGAACUUCACAAAUCAUGCCAUGAUUAUAGCCAAAUCAUCAGAAUCUGGUAGGAUCAAAUGGGAAGAACACAGGAUCAGGUGGACAAAGAUCCUAAGCACUGAAUAUUCAUGGGCUGAAGAAGAUGUGGAGAUAAGAGAUCAUGCCCAAUCAGUGGAACACGAGAACAGUCCGUUUGGACUUUUCAUCUAUGGAGGUGGUCAGUCUAAUGGCUAUGGUACUCCUGUUCUUUGUUCUUCAGUUCCAAGCUGCCCAGUCAACAGCCAUUACAGGGUCUGUGCCAACCUGUGCCCCACUAGUUGUGCAAAGAUCAAUGACCCUGAUCCAUGCCCAGAGACCUGUGAGAAAGGAUGCCAGUGUGAUGCCGGCUUCUUCUUUGAUGGCCUUUCCUGUGUUUCUGUGGAAAGCUGUGGCUGUUCCCAAGAUGGACACGACUAUGAGCCCCAUGAGACAGUUCUGCUGAAUACGUGCCAGGAGAAAUGUACUUGCAUUCCAGGUCAAGGGCUCAUAUGUGAGGCCCACACUUGUGCUGCUGACGAAACCUGCAGCCUUCAAGAGCAAGUCCUGACCUGUGUUAAGAGAUCUUGUCAUGUAAGUUCCCGGGGGAAGAGUUUUGUUACUGCCUUCAUGCAGAAUUACAAUACUGGGGAACCUGGUCAAAAGCUGGAGCUGUACAUCUCUGGAUAUCAUCUUGCAACAAAUAUUACAGUGUCAACAAGAAAUACGAUACUACACAAAACCAUCAGUGAAGGAGAAAUCAUCUCCAUUGAAUUACCACUAUCCUUACAAAUGGAGGGGAGCAACAAAUUUAAUAAGACGGUGCUGAUCGAAGCUGACCAAGACAUUUCUGUCAUCUCCUACAACUACUUGCCUAAAACAAGUGAUGGAACAAUCACUUAUCCUAUCCACCAGCUGGGGCAGUUAUAUUACGUGGUCACUCCCACAGAAAAUAGCAACAAAGAAUUCGCUAUCAUAGCCCAUGAGGAUCUCACAACAGUGACCAUCCACCUGAAAGGCACUGUGAUAUACAAAAGCAAAGUUUACCCUGCUGGGUCCAUCUUUGUGACUGGCCUCAAGGCCUUUGAAGCAAUUCAGCUCCAAAGCACAGAAGAUUUAUCAGGCACCAGGAUUGAAUCGACCAAACCUGUGGCUGUCUUGAGUGGACAUACCUGUGUUACCAAGUUCACAGCCUGUGAUCAUGUUGUUGAGCAGCUCCUGCCAGUUCAGAGCUGGGGAACCACCUUCAUUGUCCCUGCUCUUCCUUUCCAGACACAAUAUGAUAUUGCGUAUGUUGUUUCUGCAGAGAACACAUUGAUGAGAUACCAGUCUAGCUCCAAGAAAGAAUCCCGUACUCUGGUGGCUGGAGAAGUUGUUCAGCUUGAGGUCCUGAACUCUCAACCACUUUUUAUAUCUGCUGAUGCUGGAAUCCAAGUCCUUUUUUUCUUUACUGGUGCCAAAAGAGAAAACGAUUACUAUGACCCUUUCCUCAUGAACAUCCCUGCAACAACGUGUUAUUGCAAUUCAUACCACAUUUAUGGAAUGAAGAACUUCACAAAUCAUGCCAUGAUUAUAGCCAAAUCAUCAGAAUCUGGUAGGAUCAAAUGGGAAGAACACAGGAUCAGGUGGACAAAGAUCCUAAGCACUGAAUAUUCAUGGGCUGAAGAAGAUGUGGAGAUAAGAGAUCAUGCCCAAUCAGUGGAACACGAGAACAGUCCGUUUGGACUUUUCAUCUAUGGAGGUGGUCAGUCUAAUGGCUAUGGUACUCCUGUUCUUUGUUCUUCAGUUCCAAGCUGCCCAGCCAACAGCCAUUACAGGGUCUGUGCCAACCUGUGCCCCACUAGUUGUGCAAAGAUCAAUGACCCUGAUCCAUGCCCAGAGACCUGUGAGAAAGGAUGCCAGUGUGAUGCCAGCUUCUUCUUUGAUGGCCUUUCUUGUGUUUCUGUGGAAAGCUGUGGCUGUUCCCAAGAUGGACACGACUAUGAGCCCCAUGAGACAGUUCUGCUGAAUACGUGCCAGGAGAAAUGUACUUGCGUCCCAGGUCAAGGGCUCAUAUGUGAGGCCCACACUUGUGCCUCUGACGAAACCUGCAGCCUUCAAAAGGGUGUCAUGACCUGUGUUAAGAGUAUCUGUAAUGUAAGUUCCCGGGGGAAGAAAUUUCUUACUGCCUUCAUAUACAAUUAUGCCAAUCACCAUAGUAAAAAACUUGAACUGCAUUUCUCUGGAUAUCAUCCUGCAACCAAUAUUAUAGUGUCAACAAACAGUGGGGAAAUACACAGAACCGUUAAUGAAGGAGAAAUCACUUCCACUGAAUUACCAUUGUCCUUAGAAAUGGUGGGGAGUGACAUCUUUAAUAAUGCAGUGCUGAUUGAAGCUGACAAAGACAUUUCUGUCUCCUCCUAUAGUGAUGUAUCUGGUUCAACUGCUGGUACACUCAUCUAUCCCAUUGAUCAGCUGGGACAGUUAUAUUAUGUGGUCACCCCAACAGAGGAUUCAUCUCUUAAUUUAAAAGAGUUUGCUGUUGUAGCUCAUGAGAAUCUCACCUCAGUGACCAUCCACCUAAAAGGCACUGUAACUUUCAAAAAUCAAGUUUACCCUGCUGGGUCCAUCUUUGUGACUGACCUCAAGGCCUUUGAAGCAAUUCAGCUCCAAAGCACAGAAGAUUUAUCAGGCACCAGGAUUGAAUCGACCAAACCUGUGGCUGUUCUGAGUGGGCAUAUCUGUGCUGUCAAGUUCACAGCCUGUGAUCAUGUUGUUGAACAGCUCCUGCCAGUUCAGAAUUGGGGAACCACCUUCAUUGUCCCUGCUCUUCCUUUCCAGACACAAUAUGAUAUUGCGUAUGUUGUUUCUGCAGAGAACACAUUGAUGGAAUAUCAAUCUAGCUCCAAAAAAGAAUCCCGCACUAUGGUGGCUGGAGAAGUUGUUAAACUUGAGGUCCUGGCCUCUCAACCGCUUUUUAUCUCUGCUGAUGCUGGAAUUCAAGUCCAUCUGUUUUUCACUGGUUCCAGAAGUAGAGGCUAUUCCUAUGACUCCUUUCUCAUGACCAUCCCUGCCAUAACAUGCUAUUGCAAUUCAUACCAUAUUUAUGGAAAGAAGGGCUUCAUAAAUACUGCCAUGAUUAUAGCCAAAUCAUCAGAAUCCAGUGGAAUUACAAUGGAAGGAAAGGCGAUCAGGUGGACACAGAUCCCAGGCACCGAAUAUUCAUGGGCUGAACAAGAUGUGCAGGUAACAGAUCGUGCCCAAUCAGUGGAACACAAGGAGACUCCAUUUGGACUUUUUGUUUUUGGAGGUUCUAGUUAUCGUGGCUAUGGUACUGCUGCUCUUUGUUCUUCGGUCUCAAUAUCCUGCCCUGAGAACAGCCACUAUGAAGCUUGUGGAAUUGCUUGUCCAGCAACCUGCUCUGACCGUUCUGCUCCCAGUACCUGUAAAAAUACCUGUGCACAAAUCUGCCAGUGUGAUGAAGGCUAUGUCCGUAGUGGUGAGAAGUGUGUUCCGGUGGAAACCUGCAAUUGCAUUUACAAAGACGUGACCUAUAAGGCAGGGGAAGAGUUCUGGGAAGAUGAAGACUGCCAGAGUCAUUGCACGUGUGAUGCUAAAUUAGGCAAGGCUGUAUGCCGAAAGUCUUCUUGCCGGGGCAAGACAAAAUGCCGCAUGGUCAAUGGUGUCCGGGGAUGCCAUGCUGCCAGUUACAGUACCUGCAUAGGAACUGGAGACCCUCACUAUACAACCUUUGAUGGGAAGAAAUAUGACUUCAUGGGAACCUGCGUUUACCAAAUGGCAGGGCUCUGCUCCAAGGAUCCCUUUCUUACACCGUUUUUGGUCACCGUGGAGAAUAAUCACCGAGGCAAUAAGGCAGUGUCCUACACCAAAGUGGUGACGGUGGAGAUCUACAACUUUACCAUCAGCAUUAGCCAAGAGUUUCCCCAAAAGAUCCAGGUCAAUGGCAUCUUUGUGGAACUACCUUUCUCCUAUGAAAAUAAAUUGAGUGUCUACCAGCAUGGAGUUCAUGGCUUCAUUGAGACAGAUUUUGAUCUGCGUGUCAGCUUUGAUUGGUACAGCUAUGCCAGGGUCAUUAUUCCCAACUCCUAUGCCAACGCACUCUGUGGCCUCUGUGGUAAUGCCAAUCAAGAUCCAAAUGAUGACUUUCUCAUGAAAGAUGGAACACAAACAGAAGAUGAAAUUCAAUUUGCAAACAGCUGGAAAGUGAAAGAUAUUCCUGACUGCUCUUCGGGGUGCACCAACAAUUGCCCAGUAUGCAGUGAUGCUGAUAAACAAACCUACCAGGGUCCAUCCUACUGUGGGAUUCUUACAAGAAAGAGUGGGCCUUUUAAGCAAUGCCAUGAUGCCAUUGAUCCUCAAUCUUAUUUUGAUGAUUGUGUCUAUGACACCUGUGUAUACCAGGGUCACCAUGAGGCCCUCUGUAGUGCCAUCAGUUCCUAUGUGACAGCAUGUCAAACUCAAGGCAUCCAAAUUGGGCAAUGGAGAUCAUCAUCCUUCUGCAGUAUUUCUUGCCCACCUAAUUCCCACUAUGAGCUCUGUGGCAGCGGUUGUCCAGCCACAUGCAAGAGCCUCAUCUCAGCACAGAAGUGUGAUGUUCCAUGCACGGAAGCAUGUUUUUGUGAUUCUGGAUUUAUCCGCAGUGGGGAUCAGUGUGUCUCAAAGGCAAAAUGUGGCUGUUUCGAUCAAGGCAAAUACUACAAGCUGGGAGAAGAGUUUUAUCCCACCAGUUCCUGCCAGAAAAAGUGCAUUUGCAUGGAUAACGCAACCAUAGCAUGUCAAAGGUUCUCUUGUGGAGCUCAGGAGGAAUGCAAGGUUGUAAAGGGUGUCCAAGGCUGCCACCCCUUAGCCUAUGGAAAGGCCAUUGUAAUGGGUGACUCUCAUUUCAUUUCCUUUGACGGGAGGCACUUUGAACUCUACGGCUCCUGUACCUAUACCGUAGCUCAAGUCUGCCAGCACAACCCUCGGCUCCAGAACUUCACUGUGUGGGUAGAGAAUGAGAAGCUUGGCGAUGGUCCUUUAGUUCUAAUACGGAGUGUGAAGGUCUUCGUUCAUGGUUACACAGUCACCCUUCAGAGGGGAAUAAAGUGGCAAGCAAUGGUGGAUGGACAGUUGUAUACCCUGCCAAUGAAUGCAGCUGACAGGAAAUUAUGGAUCACCCAAGAAGGGAACAACAUCAUUGUCUACACACCCUUUGGCCUCACAGUCCUAUAUGAUACUUCCUCAUAUAUUCAUGUUUCUGUCCCCAGCACUUACAGGAGGCAUAUGUGUGGCCUAGCUGGCAAUUUCAAUGGUGAUCUGAAGGAUGACUUCAUGCUAGCUAAUGGAAAACUCACUGAAAAUGUGGAAGAAUUUGUGGCUUCUUGGAAGGUCCCCGUGAAAGGUGUAAUUUGUUCUGAUGGCUGUGGGGACAAAUGUCCCAUCUGCAACAAAGCCCAGAAAGCAAAAUAUGAGGCUGGGAACUUCUGUGGAAUGAUCCCAUCCAAGACAGGUCCAUUCAAAGACUGCCAUUCAUUGGUGAACCCUGCAGAAUAUUUUGAACACUGUUUGAACAAGGCCUGUACAACCAAUGAGGUUCAAGAAUCCCUUUGCCGAAGUCUUCAAGCCUAUGUAGCAGCUUGCCAGGCAUCCGGCGGCAAAAUUAGAGCCUGGAGAAGUUCUUCCUUCUGCCCUCUCACCUGUCCGGCCCACAGCCACUAUGAGCCAUGUACCAGAACUUGUGAUUCCACCUGUGCUGCCUUGUCUAUUCCAAGCCAGUGCUCAGGGAAUUGCUUUGAAGGCUGUCAGUGUGAUGAGGACUAUGUGUUUGAUGGAUCUCAGUGUGUAGCCAUGAAACAAUGUGGCUGCACUUACCACGGAGCCUACCUUAAGAUUGGCGAGCACAUUUACUCGGAGGGCUGCACAGAAAAAUGUACCUGUCAGUCAGCAGGUCAGCUCCAAUGUAAUGAAGGCAGCUGCCAGCCUGAGACUUGUGCCCUUCGGGAAGGCGUGCGUGACUGUGUGGCGCUGGAAGCUCAAUGCAAACUCACUGCCCAAGCGUACAUCACUUCUUUCGAUGGUGCCUCAGGGAGAUAUUCCUGCAGUGGAGUCUACGAAAUAGCUUCUCUUUGUGAUCAGAACUCUGCCUCCUGGUUCAGGCUUUUAGCGAGCAUCCAAAAGGACUAUACGAAAGAGAUGGUGGUUGGAAAGUCUGUCUACUUUUACUUUCAAGGUGGAUUCAUCCGGAUUAUAAACCGAGAAAGGUUUUGGGUAAAUGGUCAGAAAAUAACGCUGCCAUAUGAGAACAGCCCUGUAUCCAUGAGAAGAAUUCAAGAUAAAAUUGUUAUUGACCAUGAUUCUCAAGUGCAAGUUUAUCUUCAUCCUGAUGGAAUGGUCACAAUGGCAGCCAAGGAAACCCUCAGAGGAAAACUAUGUGCUGCAUGUGGAAAUUUCAACAAAGACCAUUUGGAUGACUUGAAGCUGGCCAGUGGAGAGAAAACAAAUAAUUUUGAUGAAGUACUCAAGUCCUGGGAGGCAGAAGAUUUCCUUUAAAUUGCCUCUAGACUGUUCCAUCUGUGCUUGCAAUCUGAUCUAACAGACUAGAGCAAAGCACAAGGGAAGCCCAAAAUUUUGUGCAGCAUAUGCUCAAAUAGUUGUUUAGGAGAAACAGCAUGCUUGAUGUCCCAGAAUCUCAGCUUCUCUUUGAAGGUGACCCCUGAACAUCCUUUAAAAGGGGCAUUUAAGAAUCUCUUAACUCAUGAAUAAGACUUUUAAUAGAACAGACAACUUGUGUAAGGACCCACCCCACUUUGCAUCUUAAGAAGACAGAACUCUUGGAAUAUUUCUUCCAACAGGCAUCUUUAUUAAGAGAAAAUGGUUGCAGGCAUUCUAGACAA